AUGCCACAUCAGCGUCAUGCAUUUUAUGUAAAUAUUUACAUUAUUUUAUACACGGAUCAUCGUUUGGGUUUAUCCGCUUCCGGAUCCUUCACACCGCCUCAAAUAUCUUCAGUCAACGUUAUCUCUCUUUUCUUCCACAAACCUCCCAUCACUCAUGCGAAAUCGGCGGUCAAGAAAGCAACGAUUUUGGAGCAAACCGGUGUCACAACGGCAUAUGGUAGGUCACCGUCACCGACUAGCAGCAGGAACAAGAGCCGACGUCGGCCUCUUCUGAUUUCGACAUCUACAUGUGACUCUCCUUCUGUGGCCGCUUCAUAUUUCAUACAAUUCUUACCCAAGUUACCCUUUAUAAUAGAGGUAGCAUUAGGGAUCCAAUUGGAUACAUGCUGCUUGAUACAGAUAGAACUUCUAGGGAUGUUAGGUUUUAGUGUUGUGCGAUGGUAUGCUAUCUUAUUGAUUGCCAGAUGUAAUUGUUUGCAAUACAGUAAAAUUGGGGUCUUUUAUACGGUUGUAGGCUUCGUGGGACAGAACUGA